AUGAAGACCACAGCAGUCCUCGCGGCCGCCCUCGCGCUGGCCAGCGGGGCGGCAGCCACGACGCUCCCGCGACGGGACUUCCCGCCCGUGACGCCCGAGGAGAACAACUUCAUCCUGGAGGGCAUCAUCGACGUGUUUGGGAACCGGCGGUUCGACAACAUGGCGGCGCUGUUCACGACCGACGCCAACUACUUUGUCCUGGGCAACACGGAGCCCUUCUCGGGCGACCACAGCAUCCCGGACACGGUGUCGCAGGCGCGCAAGGUGUUCAACGCCUUUCGGGACUACGACUUCACCGUCGUCUCGCGCACCGUCACGUCGGAGCGCGCCAUCCUCGAGGCCACCGUCCGGGGCACGAGGCCCGACGUCGACGGCGAGCCCGUCUACAAGCAGACCGCCGUGCUGAUCCUCAACACCGUCAGGGAUCCCGUCGAUGGCAGGGUCAGGAUCAAGGUGCUCAGGGAGUACUUGGACCUGAUUACGCUGCAAAACUUUGCAGAGGAGGUUGGCAUGUUUGAGUAG